UACAACAAUUUAUUCAUAAUAUAGAUAAAAAAAGAAUUAGCGUAACCAAGAAAACUGAAUACGACUAAGUGAGAUCUAACUGUAUCUCGUUUAUUGUAUAAAUGAACACAUAGUAACGAUGGGGGUUGCAGGAGCGGGGGGUACGAAUUGGCCCUCUGGACAACAGUUCUAGUUAUAUAAUUAUAUUCCUUGACUUUUCAUUUACCUAAUUGAUUGUUUUUCUUCUUUCAACAGUUUUCUCUUCACCUUCUGGCGUCAAAUAUCUAAUAACACGUGGAACAGAUCUACAAAUGGCAACAGCAUUACACUUUGCUCACAAAGAACCACCAACUCAGAGUGUCGACGAAAUGUCAAUCCAUGAAUCUCUACAAAAACUCUCAGGAUCUUAUGUCAAAGUGACAGCCAAAAUUGUUCACAUUGAACAAGAGACUCAGAAUAUUACCACCAGAGCUGGAAAACAACUUGUCUUAAGAAAUGCCACACUAGCGGAUGAAACAAACCAAUGCCGCCUAUCCUUGUGGGCCUCCCAUAUUGAUGCGGUCACCCUUAACACCUCCUACAACUUUACAAACUUAGUCGUCAAGGACUUUGAUGAAACCAAAUUUCUUUCGACAUCACCAACCUCCACAUUCCAACAAACGGACGACUUGGAAAAUGUUAACUUUGAGUUAAUUGAGCACAAGUUUGAUGGCGAACCAUCCAUGGUGGCAAUAACAUCGCAUUAUGCAUGUAGGAACUGUAACAUGAAGCUAGAUAUAGAAGUCAACAUGCCAACCUUGCCACCCACACAUAAAUGCCACAGCUGCUCUUUCAGACAACGUAUGAACGCUUCAGCUAAACAAACUUUCUUGAAAAUAAAAUUUGAAAACAAUCCAACAUACACUGUAAAUUCUGCAGUGACCCACAAGUUCAUCAGUGAGAACCCAGAAACACAAAACAUGUCUGAUGAUCUGGAAGAAUUCCUAUUUACUAAAACUGUCACUGUUAUCCUGAAUAACAAGGACAACACAGCUGUGAAAGAACUCAAAUUAGCAUAG